CGUGACUUUAAAAUAUGGCGGCAUACACGAGUGUCGGAGUAUGACGGAGAGCAUAGGUGUUCUGUGGGAGAACCACUUGUUUCAGUGACGGCAAAAACGUAAAAAUGUCGUUUUGUCUGUAAAAGCGGAUUAGGUAUUUGAGAACGAAUCACGAAAUCGGCGUUCGCCCCUGUGGUUUAAUUUACAACGGAACAAGUGAAACGCGUUUAUGGAUCAGGCUGCUACCAGCGGGACAAUGUUGUGCAUGCCCCCAGCGCCGAACUGGUACAAACCCUUUGCAACAGGGGGCUGCGACUCCGGGUUCUACUGCUACGCGGCCAAACACACCGUUGUCGUGCUCGACGCCAGGAAUGGCGUGCCCGUGUUGAAAGAAUGGCUGGUGGUGGCGGCGCCAAGUACGGAAAUAGUUUCUUCUGUCAUGUUCUGUCGCAGCGAACGCGCCGACGCCGACGAGGUGCCCGCGUUGCUGACCGUCACCAGCGACGGCGUGGUACAAGUGUGGGAUGUGAAAGCGCGAGCCGUUAAGCACACAGUGUCGUCGCACUCUUCGACAUGCUGCGCCGACUGGAGAGGCACGCUGUCGACAUCCGUGGUCUUCAGCGGCAAAGCCAGCACGGUACUCAAGUGGAACCUCAUGACCGGAACCGUCGCGCCAGCAGGCGGCAGACCGCAGGAGAAGGAGAUAACAAUUCUGCGCUGUCAUCCGACCGAUCCAGACGUCGUCGCAGUUGGUUACUACAGCGGCAUUAUCGUCGUACAAGGGCUUAAGAAGGGAAGCAAUGUCAUUUACAAGCUUAAGGGACACAGCCUUAUGGUGCUAUCGUUAUCUUGGAACGUUAUCCCUGGGGAGGACCCUUCGCAGCACCCGCUUCGCCUGUGUUCGACUGCGCUCGAUCGCACUAUGAAGGUAUGGGACGUGGCUGGAGAAACACUUCUGGCAUCGCUCAGAGUUCCGUCAUCCAAAAAGGGCAAAAGUGCAGACAUUCGGGACAAAUGGAUAGCCGCCUGCUGGAUUCCGGGAGGCGUGGAGAGGAUUGUUACCUCGUCGAUCACUGGAGAUGUGUGUAUUUGUGAUCCUAAUGCAGCGAAAGGAUGUACGUUUAUGGACCACGAUGCGGACUCGGGCGGGCACACUGCAUCAGUUUACAAUGUGUGCAUCGUUGGAGACACCGAGAAAGGAACAAAGAUGUACGUUGUUUCCGCAUCGGAAGAUCGAAACAUCAUCUUUUGGGACCUUGUGACCAAGAAGUCCGUGUACUGCAUUUCAUGCGCCGGAGGGUUUAUCUACUCCCUCGCAUUUUCGCCUUUCGCCUGCGCCACACUUGCUGUUGGUGCAGGCGAUGGAAGCGUCAAGGUUUGGCGGACCGACUGUGUCACAAACCCCUACAGUGCCAAGGUGCUUACUGUUGGAAAGAAAGAUAGGGUCCGCACAGUUGCUUGGCACCCCAGAAAGGAAGCUAUCCUGGCACUGGGUACCGAAGAAGGUAAAGUCUGUGUGGCAGAUGUCAAUACACGGCAGAUCACUGUGUCCAAAACCUUUCACAAGGGGACAACUUACGCCAUUUGCUGGGCGGACCUCAUUCUCAGUGAAGGAGCAUCUCCUGAGACAUGUGUGCUCUCAUGUGAUGAUAGCAGGGUGAAAAUUCACAGGCUUUCCAAGCUUGACAAGGAUGCUGCAGAUAUUGAGAGCAUUUUAUUUAGCCCCACCCAAAAUAAGACACAUGCCAAACGUGUCUGUGUAGCUUUCAACCAGGACCUUGGCAUCUUGACACUUUCCAAUUCCGAUGGCCUCGUAGAGCUCUUCAAGAGUUGUGGAAGCCCACUGUUAAAAAAGGUUGCUCUCCUUGAAGUGCAAAGAAAGCCUGCGGAUUGUCUGGCAUGGCAUCCUUGUAAGGCACCAUUUUCUGACUGCAACAGCCGCUUGAUGUACUGGCUUGCUGUUUCGUCCACUGAUGGCAAAAUAUCCGUCUUUGACUUGAGCCGGCUCGAGAAACCUAACCCCAGCAUCUACCGAGUUCUUCAGCCAACCCUGCAGUUUUCGGGGCAGAGUAGCAAAGUUGUGUCACUUGCAUGGAGCCCUUUUCGAGAAAAUCUGCUGGCGUCUGCUUCAUUCGACCAAACGGUCCAGGUUUGGGAUGUUGACAAAGCACAACUUGUUGCAACGUAUCAAGGUCACACGAGGCGUUUAUUCAGUGUUUGCUGGAGCCCUGUUGACUCGGACGUUCUUUUCAGUGGAGGGGAAGACAACAUCGUCAGGUGUUGGAAACUCUCCGAACAGCCUGUCAAGCCUCAGAAAGUUUCGAAAGCCAAGGCAGAUGACAAAAACAGGAACAUCAACAUUGCCAAAACUGAAGACCAAGCGAACAAUGGUGCUGAAGUGUGUGUCAAUGGUGAAAUUUCUAACGGCGAACACAAAAUUGCUGCGGAGACAGCUGGUGCACAGAGCCAGAGCACUGGCACGGUGCCUGUGAAAUCUUCAAGCAAGGCUUCGUCAGCAAGCGGAUCAAAAAAGAAGUCAAAGACCAUGAAGUCCUACUUCCCAUGCUUUUCUCAGCAUGAGAACCUACCCAAAGAGAACCGGUCAGAUGAUGCCCAGUACCUAGCUGACGUAUUGGCAAAGCAUAAAGGAGAUCCCAUUGAACUUGAUUCUGAGCACAGUCACCUUGGCAUGUACACUGAUGCGUCUGGUGCACUGUCAGUUCUGGACAAGGAGAUUCGACACCACAAGCAGGAGCACAACCUCGACUACGCAUUUCAGAUGAUGACGUGGAAGGGGGACCUCGCUACAGCCCUGCGAGAGGCAGCAGUGGAGCGGCGCCUCACCGACAGCCUGGUAGCCCAAGCACCGUCGCUGUCUAGAAGUGUGUGGUUUGAAAUGUGCGAGCGGUACGCUGCCCAGCUAGCAAGUGAAGGAGACCACCACCGUGCUGUGCUUUACUACUUGGCCUGUCACAAGGUGGAAGAAGCAUUGAACCUCCUUUGCGAAAACAGCCUGCACCGUGAAGCCCUCGCUAUUGCUAGGGCACACCUUCCAGACGAUGAUCCUCAAGUUGAAAAGAUAUAUGCAUCGUGGGCUGAGAGAGCGGCAGGAGUUGGCAACUUCGAGCAGGCCGCCAAGUGUUACCUUGCCAUCGGGAAUGCCGACAAAGCAGUUGCUUCGCUGAUGAACCGAAGAGACCCACACUCACUCAGAUCAGCUGCUUACAUAGCAAGAAAGAGUGGCCUGUUGGCGGAGAUGGAAAUUGCUUUUCAGUCAGCGCUGCAGUCCUCAUUGACCAACAACGAAUGGGAUCAAACAAUUUGUUUCAUUGAGAAGCUCGAAAAGAGCCAGGCAUUCCUAACUUUCAUUCACCUACAUAAAGCUCUUGUUGAAGCCGUUGAUGAAAUUGGUCAAGAAAAGGGGGAUACUGUCGAGACUGAAGACAGCACUUGCAAGUUAUUGUGGAGCAGCCGUAAGAACACUGCUACCACUUUCCUGUCCUCCAUACUGAGAGCCUAUGAAAGCAAUGGCUACAACACCUUAGUUAGCAUACUUGGUUUUACAGAGCUAAGUGAGCUGCUUGGUUAUGGAGAGCAUGCUUCAAGAAUAGUACUCUUGCAUGACACGAAGGAGCACAUACUGUUUCAUGUGGCUGGCUGUCUGGCCAUUGCACUGUUCAGCCCAGACCAGUGGAAGCUUUACUUUGCGAGGGCACUGUCGGCCGCCUACACAUAUGAUCGCAAGCUCUUUGCUGACUUGUGCAUGCUCCUCUUUUGUGGAAAAGUGACUGACAGUACCUUCACAGGAGAAGUAAAGGUGGACAUUAAUCCUAGUCACUGUCUGCUUUUCGAUGAGCUGGAUGUAGCUACUGAUUUCAAAGCUAAGGGUUUUGAUUGUCCACAAUCAUGCCAAAGCCUUUGGUCUAUGUUCAGCACAUUGGUGACCGACACCAAUGCACUUGUAGAUCCAGGCAGGGAGUUGUUGUUGCUCUAUCUUUGUGAUGCGCUCGUAGAUGUAUGUGAUCAGUUAGAAUCAACGAGUGCACGCAGCUCUUUUGUACAGGGUAUUUCCUCAUUGAUGCUUUCACCUACCAUUGCCUGCUUGGAACACUUAACCAAUAGACUUGCCAUAGCUGAGAAGAAUUUGCUUGUUUGGAGAUCAGACGUCCAAAUGAAGAGGUCCUCUACGACAGGGACAAGUGCAGCUGAAGAUGAAUUGUCAAAAUCACUGUUGGAAGAAGAAGUCGAGUUGUGCAAAAUUCGCCUAGAGGAAUUCAAAGUGGCUGCUCCGGAUUGUGUAUUUCCAGGACAGACGCAAGUGCUCAGGCGUCUUGUGCUUUUUCUUGAUAACACUGAUGACAAGAGUUGCACUGAACUAAAGACUAGGCUUGAGGCUUGGAUACGACUCGUUUCAGAUAUAUAACAUAGUUGGUCUUUCUUUGCUCAUGGUGGAAAGCAAAAAAAUAUAAAAUGUUUGUUUUGUGAAA